AUACAACAUGCAAACUGUCCGAUUCGAGGUGGGUGGAUGUUGCUGAUAUGGCACUUGUGGCAGUUAUGUGUUAAAAUCAGCCUCAUAUUUCCAAUAUUCCAAUUAAUUAGUUUAACCCGAAUUGUGGAUCUGCUAGAUAUUCAGAUGUACAUUAUAAUUUUCAGAUAAUAGUUUUAGUGAGAAAAAUCUGCAAUGAUUGGUGGUUUGUUUAUAUACAACCACAAGGGAGAAGUUUUAAUCUCCCGUGUGUAUAGAGAUGAUAUUGGAAGAAAUGCUGUUGAUGCUUUUCGUGUGAAUGUCAUCCAUGCCAGACAACAAGUCCGCUCUCCGGUAACCAAUAUUGCUCGCACAUCGUUCUUUCACAUAAAAAGGGCAAAUAUCUGGAUAGCAGCUGUGACAAAGCAAAAUGUGAAUGCUGCUAUGGUAUUUGAAUUCCUUUUGAAAAUUAUUGAAGUGAUGCAGUCCUAUUUCGGCAAAAUUUCUGAAGAGAACAUAAAGAACAAUUUUGUGCUCAUCUAUGAGCUUCUCGAUGAGAUACUUGACUUUGGUUACCCUCAGAAUACUGACACCGGUGUACUGAAAACUUUCAUCACUCAACAAGGCAUUAAAUCAGCAACAAAAGAGGAACAGGCUCAAAUAACGUCCCAAGUUACAGGACAAAUUGGUUGGAGAAGAGAGGGUAUUAAAUAUAGAAGAAACGAGCUGUUCUUGGAUGUUUUAGAAUAUGUAAACUUGCUGAUGUCCCCUCAAGGUCAGGUUUUGUCAGCCCAUGUUGCUGGAAAAGUGGUGAUGAAGUCUUACCUCUCAGGCAUGCCUGAGUGUAAAUUUGGCAUAAACGAUAAAAUUGUUAUGGAUGCCAAAGGAAAAGGAACUUUAGGAGGUUCUAGUGAUACGGAAGCAAAUCGCUCCGGCAAACCUGUUGUGGUAAUUGAUGACUGCCAAUUUCAUCAAUGUGUCAAACUGAGUAAGUUUGAAACAGAGCACUCUAUCAGCUUCAUUCCUCCAGAUGGUGAAUUCGAAUUGAUGAGAUAUAGGACAACAAAGGAUAUAUCUUUACCCUUUAGGGUUAUUCCUCUUGUACGUGAAGUUGGUCGCACGAAGAUGGAGGUGAAAUGUGUUUUGAAAAGUAACUUCAAACCAUCACUUCUUGGUCAGAAAAUUGAAGUGAAAAUCCCUACCCCAUUGAAUACAUCUGGAGUUCAAUUAAUUUGUCUUAAAGGCAAGGCCAAAUAUAAAGCUUCAGAGAAUGCUAUUGUUUGGAAAAUCAAGAGAAUGGCCGGCAUGAAAGAAACUCAACUAUCGGCCGAAAUUGAACUUCUUGAGACUGACACAAAAAAGAAAUGGACUAGACCACCAAUUUCAAUGAAUUUUGAGGUACCAUUUGCACCUUCUGGUUUUAAAGUACGUUAUCUAAAAGUAUUUGAACCUAAGCUUAACUAUUCAGAUCACGAUGUUAUAAAAUGGGUGAGAUACAUUGGCAGAUCUGGUCUAUAUGAAACAAGAUGUUGAAGGAGCGGAUUAAAUGAAAAUCAAGUAAACAAUAUUAAUGAACAGAUAGUUGGAUACAUCAUCGGUGAAGUUUCCAUAAGAAAUGCUUAUGAACGUAAUGAUAGUUAGUCAUGAGUAACAUAUUUGUAGAAAUUAUCAAAUCAAUAUUUUAAUCGUUCUAUAAUAAUUAAGUAUAAAAUAUAACUUCAUCAAGAAAUCAGUUUCAUUCCUCAAAUUGAAAAAAAUAAAUAGUCUUCUCAAUAUUGUUUGUGUUAGGAACUGCCUGCAUUUCGAAUAUCUGGUGUACUGGGAAUUCGAAAAACUAAAUAAGAUUUAGUUAUUUAGUGUUGUUUGUGCAUAUAUCAGCUUAUUCACAAUUUUUAAGAUAAUUGUAAUUGUAUGUGAUGAAAAUACUCAUUUCAAGAUGUACAAAUAAAAAAAAAUACAUGAAUGUAAUUGAUAGUCCCCCCAUGACAGUAUAAAUGGGAUUCUCAAAUAUUCUACUUCAAUUGGUUAAUAUAACAUAGACCAAAAAGUAGUUAUAUCAUUAUUAUAUUCUUCGAACACGUUAAUUUCAGGCAUGUUUGAGCUACAUAUUCGCGAAUAUAUCCUUUAUUAUAUGGUUUUAUCUGUAAUGGAUCAUUACAUUAUUUUUUCUUGUUUCUUAAUGUUUUGUAUAUAAUACAGUCUACAUCAAUGAUUCGAUAGGGUAGAUGAGCAUGAAAUGUACUAUUCAAUAAAAUAUAAAUCUACAUAUGC